GCCGUCUGAGUGUUUGAAGGAUUGGCUGUAAUAGUCAUAAAAUGAUAUGACCAUAACUAAACCAUAGCUAGAACAGACGCUCUUAUAUGGUUGAGACGCUUUUAAUUCUAUUUUUAUUGCUUGUCAUCUCGGACCAACCUUUGCUUAUUAUCAGGUGGCUUUGAAACCGUAAAUUGUUUAGAGCAAGUAAUCGGCUAUCUCUAGAUGUCGCCCUCAUCGCCGGAAUUGUACAAGACACAUGUGUGGAAAGAUUAUGUCUCGAACACAUUCAUGGCAAACGAGACCCAUUUCCCAGACACUACUCAGAAACCAAUCACGACACUAGAUCGAAGGUUCGUCCGGUAUAAAGAACAUGUCGGUCACUUGCCCAAACAGCCUUGGGGGAGGCAUAGGAGCUACGCAGGACUCGGACACAUGGCAGUCCCAGAGCACCUCCGGCCGAAAGCCGAGGCCCCAGUCUUCGUGGCCAAAGGACACAAGCACUUCGGCAGUGGCAUUUUCCCUUUUCCCUCCUUCUUAGACCGCGGAGUUACAAGUAUUGAUGCGAAUGAGAGUGCAAGACGUAGAGGGUAUCCAGAGUCCCCGAUCAAGAGGUCGGCAGAGAUCCCUGCUGCAUCCAAGCGCUACACACCUGCAAAUCCGAUUGUGCAUACCAACAAGUCAGUAGAUGGCCGAUUUAGCCAGGAGAACCUGAACUACCCUGGAAGAAUGAAUCCUCCAAGUACAAUUGAGAAGACAGUGACGUCUGCCAGAACUAUGGACGACAUCAUGGCAAAAUACCGCCAAACAACAAUUGCAGGAUAUCAAAAGUCUAACAAACCAACUAAUAUUGAUUGAAAUCUAUGUAUUAUCUAGUGAGCUCUUUACAUCGAGCGUAUUACCUAGAAUUACAUUGUCGGGGCUUUAAAUUUAAAAUGACACUUGAAGCUAUUCGUUAAAAAGAAGU